GUUCUCAGAUUCGCGCAUAUACUUGCGUCCGUCCGAGUUGUUGGACCGUUCAAGAUGGCGGAGUAUCUUGCGUCCAUUUUUGGUACAGAAAAAGACAAGGUCAACUGCUCCUUUUAUUUCAAAAUUGGAGCUUGUCGUCAUGGAGAUCGGUGUUCUAGAUUGCACAAUAAACCAACUUUCAGUCAGACCAUCUUGAUUCAAAACAUCUACCGUAACCCCCAAAACAGUGCACAGACAGCAGACGCAUCUCGCUGUGCUGUUAGUGAUGUGGAAAUGCAGGAACAUUAUGAUGGGUUUUUUGAGGAGGUCUUUACGGAAAUGGAGGAGAAGUAUGGAGAUGUCGAGGAGAUGAAUGUGUGUGAUAACCUUGGUGAUCAUUUGGUCGGAAAUGUUUAUGUGAAGUUUCGGAGGGAAGAGGAUGCUGAGAAGGCUGUAUUGGACUUAAAUAAUCGAUGGUUUAAUGCCCAACCAAUACAUGCAGAGCUCUCACCAGUUACAGACUUCAGAGAAGCCUGCUGUAGGCAGUAUGAAAUGGGGGAGUGCACUAGAGGUGGUUUCUGUAAUUUCAUGCACUUGAAACCCAUUUCUCGAGAGCUGAGGAGAGAGCUUUAUGGACGUCGUAGAAAAAGACAUCGUUCUCGGUCAAGAUCUCAUGAAAGACGCUCUGGUGACCGCAGUCGUGGAGGUCGUGAACGUGAGCGGAGAAGAUCAAGAGAUCGUGAACGGUCUGGAAGAUUUUGAGCCAUGACACAGUUUUGCUUCCUUUGUUUUGUUGCUUCGUGUCAUCAACCAAUGACCAGCAUUUGUGUGAGACAUCAGAUGCCAUCUUUACUUGCUUGAAACAUUUAAGUUUGUCACUUUAUUUACCUUUUUUAAGUGUACGUUUGAAAGAUUUUUGUUUCUCAAUAAAAAUGCAUUUUUAUAAA